GUCCGUCCUCGGUUAAGCUGGAGCUGAAGGAGGAUCUGUGCUUCGUAAGCAGGCAGGCAGAGAGCAAAAAAGCAAAUCAGAAACUCCAAACCCAGCUGACUAAGGAUCAAAAACGGACGAAGAAACAGCAGCCUGGGAGGAAUCCAAAAACAGAGCGAGAGCUGCUCGGAGAGCUCUAUGCUGACAAGGCUUACCUGGAAAAGCUGCUCCAGGAUGAAGAUUUGAUGGAGAGCAGCACAAAGGAGGGCAUCAAAGUGGCAGACCUGGUUUGGAGUGGCAUUUCCUACCUGGACGCACGCAGCGAGUUCUGGCAGCAGCAGAAGCCUAUUUACGCCCGUGUGAGAGAGCGCAAGCUCCGGCAGCAAAGGUGGAUCCGGGACAAGAAAAGAAAACCAGCCGAGGUGGGCAGAUACAUCGUGAAGAGCAUGGAGGACAUCGACAUGUUGCUGACGGGCGACUGUCCUGAAGAAAGCUGCAAGAAAGCUGAGCACGUGCUGAAAACCAUCCAGGGGUGGUCAGAGGAGGAAGUUCCCAACAAGAACGAACUGAUUGGAAACCUCCACAGCUGCAUCGGGAAUGCUCAGCUAGCGAUGGGCCAGCUGGAGGCAGCUCUGCAAAGCCACAGAAAGGAUCUGGAGCUCGCCAGGCAGAAUGACCUGCCAGAUGCCAUAUCCAGAGCCCUUGAUAACAUGGGCAGAGUUUAUGCCAGAACCGGCAAAUUCCAGGAAGCUAUCGACACGUGGGAGGAGAAGAUUCCCAUGGUCAAAUCCAGCCUGGAGAAGACCUGGCUGUUCCAUGAAAUCGGCCGCUGUUACCUCGAGCUGAAUAAAGCCAAAGUGGCCAAAGAUUACGGAGAGAAGUCCCUGCAGUCAGCAAAUGAAGGGGGAGAUGCUGAGUGGCAACUCCAUGCUACCGUCCUCGUGGCACAAGCACAAG